AUGAAGCACCAGCUGCUCCUUAUGAGCUUCGUACCCCUCAUCCUUGCCGACUUACCCUCUAUCUCCCAUGUGCGGGUCCCCAAGGACCCCUUUGAACCCGUCCAAAUUCGUCAGGCGUACGCUGGGUCUACUGGGAUGCACCUUUCUUGGAACACCUUCAAAAAACUCCCCGCUGCACCCACCGUGCACUAUGGCUUAACUACCACCUCCCUUACUUCCGUUUCUUUGCCCCAAAAUGCGGAAAGUGUGACUUACCCUACGUCUCUCACUUACAAUAACCAUGUCCACAUCAAGUACCUGAAGCCGAACACCAAAUAUUUUUGGAAGCCAGCCUUUUCGAAUGCGACCAGCAUUUUCUCCUUUACUACAGCAAGGGAGGCGGGUGAUCAUACACUUUUUACGAUUGCUGUGGUUGUGGAUCUUGGAUUGAUUGGACCGCAAGGACUGAGUACAACGGUUGGUGCUGGCGCAUCAAACCCUUUGAAGCCGGGAGAGAUCAAUACGAUCCAGUCUCUGCAGAAGCACGAGAGUUGGGAUUUUCUUUGGCAUCCGGGCGACAUUGGAUACGCCGAUUACUGGCUCAAAGAAGAACUUCAAGGUUACUUGCCCAAGACCUCUAUCGCCGACGGCUUUCAUGUUUACGAAUCUCUCCUCAACCAAUUCUACGACGAGAUGACGCCCCUUACUAGCAGAAAACCAUAUAUGGUGGGACCGGGAAAUCACGAAGCAAACUGUGACAACGGAGGUUUGCAUGGGUAUGACGUUAAGAUCUGUGUCCCUGGCCAAACCAAUUUCACUGGCUUCCGGAACCACUUUCGUAUGCCCUCCUACGAGUCCGGCGGCCUCGAAAACUUCUGGUACUCUUUCAACCACGGGAUGGUGCAUUUCAUCCAAUUCGACACAGAGACUGAUCUUGGCCAUGGGAUCAUAGGACCUGACCAGCCCGGGGGGUCGGACGCAGGGGAGGACAGCGGGCCCUUUGGGUUGGUAGACCAACAGAUCAACUGGUUGAUCAAUGAUCUAAAGAAGGUAGACCGCAAGAAAACGCCGUGGGUCGUCGCUGCUGGCCAUCGCCCGUGGUACGUCAGCGGGGCCAUCUGCGCAGAGUGCCAAAAAGCGUUUGAAUCCAUACUCAAUCAAUACUCCGUCGACCUCGUCUUCACCGGCCAUUUCCAUAUCUACGAGCGUAUCGCUCCCAUCUUCAACGGCAAAAUAGACCCUAAUGAACUGAAUAACCCCAAGUUUCCGUGGUACAUCACUAACGGGGCUGCCGGUCAUUAUGAUGGGUUGGACAAUUUGCAUACGAAGUUGGCUCCGUUUAGCAGAGCGGCGUUUGACAGGCAUUAUGGCUGGAGUCGGCUGGUGUUCCAUAAUUGCAGUCAUUUGACGCAUGAGUUUGUGAAGAGCGCGGAUGGUAGCGUUCUGGAUAGGGCUACUCUUUUCAAGGAUAGGAAGUGUUGA